AUGUGGUCAUUAUUUGUUAAUUCAAUUAAUAUUUUCAAUCCCUAUUUCCGUGGAGACAUCGGGGAUGUGGUGGACGAGCAUUUCUCACGUGCGUUGAGCCAGCCCAGCGCAUUCAGCAGUGACGCCAAGACCGGGAGACUUCACUCUGGAGGACCAUGGAAAGAAGGAAACUCCCACUCCGAGGGUCAACCUUUACCAUCGUCCCUGUGGGGUAGCGGCUACCCAUCUCAGACCUCCUCUCACCCUGCCUUCCACCCUGCAGACACUGGCCUCUGGAGCAGCCACAGCCUCACGCAGACUGGCCUGCCCCCUCCCUCUGCUCUCCCUGACUCUUGGCACUACGGCCUGGGAGCGCAGGGUGGAGCGGGAUACCCUCACGUACACGAGAUGUACCCUCACAUGCACCCCCGUCACCCACACCCGCACUCCCAUGCCCACCACGUGCUCCAUCACGCCCACAACCCCGCUCUGGACCCGCGCUUCAGCCCGCUUCUGCUGCCUGGUGUGAGAGCGUCUUGCAGCCCGACGUCCUGCGCAGACGGAAUCAAAACUGAGCUGGAACCGAGUAGCAUCCCAGCACCAAGCUGGCCCGCUUCUUUCCAUGGGUCAGUGGACAUCUAUCAUGAUACAGCGCUUGAGCAAGACAAAGCGAAGGCCAGUGUUUGGUUCUGAGACAGAGAAGAUUCACUGGACUCCAUGCCUGAGACGGGACCACUUCUGCAGCUGAGGCCCACAGCACUGCGUGUGGAUUCCUUCUUCACAGGACUUUCAUGGGAACUAUUCAGGGGAACAUCAGUCUCUAUCAGUGAGAGAAGCACAAAAACAGUUUUGGGGAAAACUAGUGUUUUUGUAAAGCAUACCAUCCUGUCUGAGCUUGUGCCCGCUCAUGGACAGAGAUCCAGUUCAGGACGCUUCUGUAAAGAGCUGUGGACCCCAAAUGAAGUUUAAGAGGUAUAUCUCCCUCUUUCUUUUUGAGGUUUUC